AUGACUGGUGUGCUGGAGAAGUUGGAGGAGAGGACCCUGGAGGAGACGGAACCGAUCGUUGACAUGGAACCGAUCCUUGAGACAGACCCGAUCCUGGAGGAGAGCGACUUUUCCCGGGGAGCCCUCCUCUUUGCUCCUCUGAAACAAUGGCAGCUCUGGGUGGUUGCGGGAGGACUGGCGCUGCUCGUCGCGCUCUGCUUGGGGCUCUGGAGAAGGACCCGUGCUCCAGACAGUGGAGAUGAGCGGGAGAGGUCCAUCAGCAUCACGGAGGAGGUGAACAAAGAAGAAAGGGAAGACGAUUUCCAUCCGGAGGAGCGGCUGGUCAGGGAGAAGAUCCGACGCUCAGCGCGGAGCCUGGCCUGCAGGAGAUGGGAGGUGGAGACGGUGGUGGGCGAUGUCCUUGGUGUCCUCCAGAUCUGGAGAAGGACCCGUGCUCCAGACAGUGGAGAUGAGCGGGAGAGGUCCAUCAGCAUCACGGAGGAGGUGAACAAAGAAGAAAGGGAAGACGAUUUCCAUCCGGAGGAGCGGCUGGUCAGGGAGAAGAUCCGGCGCUCAGCGCGGAGGCUGGCCUGCAGGAGAUGGGAGGUGGAGACGGUGGUGGGCGAUGUCCUUGGUGUCCUCCAGAAGCGCCUGUCCCAGAACUUCUUCCUGGUGCCGCAGGCAGCCAUCGGGGUGGGCAGCGCCUUUGAAGGCUGGAGUCCCUGUGGGCCUGACGCUGUGUUCCGGCUGCUGGUGCCCCUGAAACCCUCCCGGGGACAUGCCUUCCAGCUGGAGCUGGGCCCUGCAGGAGACACAGCGGCAAAGCACCGUGUCCGCGUGGACCUGGCGUGCACCUGCUCGAAGGAGGCCCGUGGGGAGGAGGCCAUGCUGUGCUUCGUCCACCAGCCCUAUGAGGCGCUGGAGAGAGAUCAGGACUCCGGCCUCCUGUGCCAGCUCUGCACCGGCCGCUACCUGGAUGCGCAGAAGGUCGCCCGCUGGUUCCAGGAGCUGGUGAGCUCAGCCUGGGAGGAGAUGGGUCUUGGGCGUCGCUACCGGCUGAGGGUGCUGCCUUCCCGCCGCUCCUGCAAGCUGGAGCUGACAGGGGCCUCCGGGAGAUCCGUCGUCGUGGAGCUGCUCUUUGGGGUGCAGCGAGGCGAGUCGGACCUCUUCCUGAGCAGCCAGGCUCCAGAGGCCAUCUUCACGCCGGGCAUCAUGUGGACAGAGAGCUCCGCUGUGGCAGAGGCCAAGUUCUUCAGCCACGUGGCCAGGCAGGCCCUGCCUGACAGCCUCCACCUCCAAUGCCUGCAGCUCCUCACCGGCAGCCUGGGAGGCACGGUCCUUUCCUCCUACACCUUCAAGACGGCCGUGAUGCACCUCCUCAACCUGUGCCCCGGGACAAGCGUGCCAUUCACCCUCCAGCUGCAGGACGUCAUGGACUACCUGCGCAGCUGCCUGGAGGAGAAGCGCCUCCAUCACUUCAUCUUUGGCAACGAGUGCUUGCCCGAGGCCAUCGUCUUGCCCCCAGCCACCCAGCCAGCUGAGCCAGUCAACCUCUUCCAGUGCCUGGUGGAGGAUCCAGAAGCCCACGCCAAGGCACUGCGGGAGUUCCAGGAGCUGCAAGGUCGGCUCACGGGCCUCCUGCUCUUUGGAGCCUGA